AUUAAAGACAGGAGACUAACACCAAGUUCUAACCUUACUGAACUGCAAUUAUAGGGAGAGGUGGUGUCACUGGGAAUGCAGAUACAACAAUUCUCAAUAGUAGAACAAAACAUCAAGCAGAUUUUAGGUAACCCACAAGCAACAGCUAAUUUUUUCUCUAAAUCUAUCUUCCUCAUCAGCGUUGGCAGCAACGAUGUUUUCGACUAUAAACGUUUCAAUGGCACCAUCGGAGGCGUACCUGUGUCCCCACCGGAGCUCAUGCAAAUACUCCUAUUGAACUACACAGACCAUUUAACGGUAUGAAAUCUCAUUAAUCAAGAUCUAUAUAUAAUUUACUGUGAUAUUGAAAACAAUCAUGUAAUAACAAAUGCAGAGUUUAUACAAUCUUGGAGCACGAAAAUUCGGGAUUAUCAGCAUGCCCCCACUGGGUUGCUGUCCAUACGUGCGAGAUCGCAACAAUGGUAAAUGUCUGGAACUAGCAAAUGAGUUUGCUAAGUCAUUCUUUAUUCAGAUGAAGACUCUCUUGGAAUUGUUGAGCAAGCAACUCCCAGGAAUGACAUAUUCACUUGGAAAUUCUUAUAAGAUGACUGUUAAUAUCAUACAAAACCCUCUCAUUUUUGGUAUAAAGGAGACCAGGAAAGCUUGUUGUGGGAAUGGAACAUUCAAUGGACUAACACAAUGCGAUCAAACCACAAAUCUUUGUGCAGAAAGGCAGGACCACUUGUUUUGGGAUUGGUUUCAUCCAACUCAGGCUGUGUCCAGACUGGCUGCUCUCACUCUCUAUGGAGGCUCAAGAGGACUCGUCACUCCCAUGAACUUCAGUCGACUGGUGCAAAUCUAA